AAAUUGGUACACGGAAGCUAGCGAAACAUCCUGGCUUUUCCAGAAAGCUCUCGACGAUGGCAUGACGCAUCGCCAUAUAACGCCGUGGCAAUCCUGCUACACUAUUUAUUUGUGCCUUCUUCUACUCGUCACCUUUUACGAUUCUUUGUUAUGAUUCUUUCCUCGGUUUGCAAUUGCCCUUCGUUGUUCUACAGAUUACAAUGUUGGCGAAAAGAAACGUUCUCGCAUCCACGCGCCGAUCCUUGGUGACUGUAUCAAGAAGGCUCGGACAAUCUGAUGUAAACCUGCCAAUCGCCAGAGCCACGCUCCUCGCCUCACGACCAAAGAAUGCCUGUCCUUCACUACCAACUAUCCGACCCUACUCAAAUGGCCGGCCUCACCCGCCUGGCGGUACUCAUCGCAUGAACCUCGGUGGUGAGCCAGAGAAACCAGCGCUCGAGCAGUAUGGUGUUGAUCUUACGGCCAAGGCAAGAGAUGGAAAGCUCGAUCCGGUGAUUGGAAGAGAUGAUGAAAUCCAACGGACGAUACAGGUACUCUCGCGACGUACAAAAAAUAAUCCAGUCCUGAUAGGUAGUGCAGGCACGGGGAAAACGGCGGUGUUAGAGGGCUUGGCUUUACGGAUAGCGCGGGGUGACGUCCCAGAGAGCAUAAAAAAGAAGAGAGUAAUAUCACUCGACCUGGGCUCUCUUAUUGCCGGUGCCAAAUUCCGAGGCGAUUUCGAAGAGAGGCUGAAGAAAGUCUUGACCGAGGUUGAGCAAGCCCAGGGGGAGGUUGUUCUGUUCAUCGACGAAUUGCAUGUACUUCUGGGCCUCGGAAAAGCUGAAGGCUCCAUCGAUGCAUCUAACCUGCUCAAGCCCGCACUAUCUAGAGGCGAACUUCAGUGCUGUGGCGCUACAACCCUUGCAGAAUACAGGCUGAUCGAGAAAGAUGUGGCACUGGCACGACGCUUCCAGCCGAUAUUAGUAUCUGAGCCUAGCGUUCAGGAUACUAUCAGCAUUCUUCGCGGCAUCAAGGAGAAAUACGAAGUUCACCAUGGUGUGAGAAUCACUGAUGGCGCUCUUGUGGCGGCUGCAACCUAUUCAAAUCGAUACAUAACCGACAGGUUUCUCCCGGAUAAAGCUAUUGACCUUAUGGACGAAGCAGCUAGCUCUCUGCGCUUGCAACAAGAAAGUAAGCCCGAGGAUAUUAUGCGUCUUGAUCAGAAAAUCAUGACAAUUCAAAUCGAGUUGGAGAGUUUACGGAAAGAAAAGGAUGUUGCAAGUCGGGAACGCCGAGAGAAGCUGGAAUCGGACUUGAAGAAACUCCAGGAGGAGGAGAAGGCGCUUAAUGAAAGAUGGGAAAAGGAGAGGAGUCAAAUUGAAGAGUUGAAGAAGGUGCAGGGAGAUCUUGAUAAGGCGCGUAUUGAACUCGAACACGCUCAGAGAAGUGGAAACUUUGCACGCGCCUCCGAAUUGCGCUUCGGAGUAAUCCCAUCACUUGAAAGCAAGCUGCCAAAAGACGGCGAGACUGGUCCGGAAGCUCAGGGACCAGAUACUCUAAUCCACGAUUCUGUAACUGCCGAUGACAUUGCCACAGUCGUCUCGAGAAUUACUGGAAUACCCGUAUCAAAACUCACCUCUGGCCAUGUUGAAAAACUAAUCCACAUGGAGGACACGCUCAGGGAGUCGGUACGCGGGCAGGAUGAAGCCUUGAAAGCCGUUGCUGAUGCAGUACGCAUGCAGCGCGCUGGUCUUAGCGGGGAUAACCGCCCACUUGCAACAUUCUUCUUCUUGGGUCCUACUGGCGUGGGUAAGACAGAACUGUGUAAGAAACUUGCCAGCUUCUUAUUCUCAACCGAACAAGCGGUCGUACGAUUUGAUAUGAGCGAAUUUCAAGAAAAGCAUACGAUAUCCCGCCUAAUCGGCGCACCAUCUGGCUAUGUCGGGUACGAGGACGCCGGCCAACUCACGGAAGCCGUGCGACGGAAGCCAUACGCCGUACUCUUAUUCGACGAGUUCGAGAAGGCUCACCGAGAUAUAUCCUCUCUUCUCCUGCAAGUUCUCGACGAGGGUUAUUUGACCGAUAGCCAAGGGCAUAAAGUCGAUUUCAGAAACACCAUCAUCGUGCUCACGUCUAAUCUUGGUGCGGAUAUUCUUGUAGGCAACAAUCCUAUACAUCACUACUCGGAGACUCCGGAGGGCGAUGUUAGCCCAGAUGUGCGAAAGGCCGUCAUGGACGUAGUUGCUUCUAAUUACGCACCCGAAUUCCUAAACCGUAUUGACUCGUUCAUCAUCUUCAAGCGACUCAAACUGGAUGCGCUUCGCGAUAUUGUCGACAUCCGACUUCGGGAGCUGCAACAGCGUUUGGACGAUCGACGCAUCAAGCUACAAGCCAAUGAUGAGGUGCGGACUUGGCUCGCGGAACGUGGUUACGACCCCCGGUUCGGAGCACGACCACUCAACCGCCUCAUUGCAACAGAAAUUAGCAAUAAUCUCGCUGAUAAGAUCAUUCGAGGCGAGCUGAGACGCGGCGAUACUGCCAAUGUUCACAUCAAAGAAGAUAAAAGUGGACUAGAAGUUUCAGCAGAACAACCUGCAGCUGACUCUCUUCCGGAGCCUCAUUCCGACUCUGCUUCAUAGAGUCAUGAUAACGAUGCACACGAAGGUAGGACGGGCUGUAUCUAAUGCAUCGGCGGCGCAAUUCGGUGUUGAAUUAUUGAGUGCGGGUAUUAUUUACUACAAAAGUGUGUAAACUGUUUCAAGCCACUCACUCUGCUUAUAGUCCGUUUUAUAAUGUAUCAUAACAUAUGUAUAUAUGUAUCAUAAAAAUAUACCCCUAUCAGAUAAAUUGAUAUUUUCUUCAAUCUAAGAUACUUAAACUAC